AUUUAACAUUGCCAAUAAAUAGUAUGAUAUUCAUAUUUUGCGUUCGACGAGUAUACAACUUGAGAAAUAAUCAUAUGUAUAUGUGUGUACACACAUUCUCUGUUAUUGCAUGAGGUUUUAUAUAUGUUAAAAAAAUUACGUACUUUCGAUUAAUCAAUGAAUAAAUAAGUUUAUGAUUAUAUUGUAAUUUUUAACUACAUACAAAUACGUAUAAAUGCAUUCUUCAUUUUGAUAUAUUGUCACUCAGUAUACUAUUUAUCUAUUUUAUUACUGUACACGUAUGUAUUUGCAUAAAAAUCCAAUUAUGAUGGACUGUGUCAAGAAAGAGCAUCAGACACAGGUGAUGAGUAAAGAACAAUUUUCUCCAAUCAGUAAACUUUCACAGACAAAAUCAAUCCAAGGAAGAAAUUUAACAGGUUCUGCUCGCCAUAUACGAGAUUUAGUUGCAGAUAUUCAUAAGAAUAUACAAAUAUGGAAUUCACUUCAUUUAAAAGGAAUAACAUUAUUGAAUAACAUAACUCAAGCGAAACAGGACGAGUCAUAUUCUGAAAUGUUGCAAGAACAGUGCGAUAAAUUAGAAAUUGUUUGCAAAGAAUUGGACAAUAUUGUGAUAAAUCUGGCUCAAAUUGCACAACAGAUGAAAAUAACAGCUGGUUUUGAAACGGACAAGGAAAAAUUGUUUGCAACAUGGCCAAAUUCAAAAUUUGGACAAGUUGCAGAAUCAAUAUACAGUGCAUAUUCUAAUGAAGCAAAAGCAAAAUGUAAAAUUUUGGAAGAUGUAGCACAUUAUUAUACAGAAUCUUGGAAAAUGUUGUUCCUUGCUAGCUGGGUGCAUCAACCGUUUUUACCAGAAAAUCUAACAACAGUUUUGGAAUCAAUGUUAAUAGAGAGUGGACAUAGGUAAUUAAUUAUUAUUGAUGUAAAUUUUGAAAAUAUCUGUAUGAUUCGCGCUUAUCGCAUUUCGCUGUACACGUUUUUCGCGCAAACAGAAACACAUGAGAUCCCUGAAGACUGUCACAGACGUAAUGAAGAAAAUGGCGGCAGCAUCGUUAAGAUAUACAUAGUUGUACAGUUGGUAAUUCGUAAUUAUGUCUGUUCUCAUUGAAUCGUGCAUUCGAUAUUGUACGAGUGUCAAAUAGUGUCAAAUAUAGUUAUUUAGUGUUCUGUAUAUAAUAAAAUUAUAAAUCUCGUUGCAGUAUAUUUUUUUUUCCUGCAUUUUGUUGCAAAAGUAUAAGUUUAAUACGAAGAAAAAAUUGUAAUGAAGUUGAAAGAGAUAGUACAUAGAAAUAUAUACGAAUGUUAUUCUGA